GGGGAGCGCUAUAAGGCGGCUGCCGCGUACAUAGGGGCACUGCGGCGUCCGGGGAGGCAGCGGAGCAAGAUGGAGAUCCCGGUGCCUGUGCAGCCGACUUGGAUGCGCCGCGUCUCGGCCCCGCUGCCCGGGUUUUCGGCGCCCGGGCGCCUCUUUGACCAGCGCUUCGGCGAGGGGCUGCUCGAGGCCGAGCUGGCUGCGCUCUGGCCCGCAGCGCUCGCCCCCUACUACCUGCGCGCACCCAGCGUGGCACUGCCCUCUGCCCAGGUGCCGACGGACCCCGGCCAUUUCUCGGUGCUGCUGGACGUGAAGCACUUCUCGCCGGAGGAAAUCGCAGUCAAGGUGGUGGGCGAGCACGUGGAGGUGCACGCGCGGCACGAGGAGCGCCCGGCCUCUCCCCGCCCCCAGGAUGAACACGGAUACAUCGCUCGCGAGUUCCACCGCCGCUACCGCUUGCCAUCCGGGGUGGACCCAGCCGCCGUGACGUCCGCACUGUCCCCCGAGGGCGUCCUGUCCAUCCAGGCGGCUCCCGCGCCGGCCCAGGCUCCGCUGUCGCCGCCAGCUGCUGCCAAGUAGGGGUCCGGGCACUCCUGAACCCCGGGGCCGCCCCCGGCCCCUUCUUUUAAAGCCGACCUGACUCCGCCCAGCCAGAUGUCCCGCGGGCGCCAAGACCACACACCCCCAUCCGGGACCCCGCCCCCUCCAUCGAAGACCGAGUCCUGAUACCGUGUCCUAGACCCUUCCACCGACAAUCCCUCCAACUUUCGGACCCUAUACCAGCACUACCCCCAGCCUCCAGCUCCCCUCCCCACUGACCCCAGAUCAAUCAAGGCUUUACUCCCCCCACACCCCCCACCCUACCCCCAACUGUUCCAGACUGCACAGACCUCCCACCCCAGACCAACCAGGCAUGGUUCUCCAGACUCUGGAUCCUCCCCUCAAUCCAGCCAGACACUCCACUCUCCCCAAGCCCAUCCUCUAACCUGGAAUCCCAACUAGCCACCCCUAGACUUUUGAACCCCUUUUCUGAUCCCCACCCUUGGACACACCCCACUUAUCCCAGGUCAACAGGGAUCCGGACCCUCAAACUGCACACACAUCCUCCAGUCUCCCCAGACUCUGCACAGAUACACUAGCCCUUCCCCAACUCUAACUAGACCCCUUCAGCCUUUGUCCCAACCCCUGAGUCUCCAGCCAGAUACCCCAGGCAACCCACCUCCCACUCUCCUCCUCCCUUUGUUCUCCAAGACCUAACCAGGCAGACGUUCCCCUUCAUUCCCCACCCUUCUCACUCCUUGAACUUCCUGUCGGCCCACUCCCCCAAUAAAUGUGCUGGAGCUGUGCUA